GCAUCAAUUCGUCGGUAGGGGGUGCCAUUAAGGGACAGUCGCGUCAGACUAAAAUAAGUGCUCGGCCAAAAUAACGUCGGCCUCUAAGAUACAAGAAUCUCGCUGCCAAAAAAUACUUUAUGGUAGUCUGAGCUAGCGAAACUGUUGUCCUCUGGCUUCACGGGUCCAACUGUUUACACUCCUGAAAUUGCAAACAUGUCCACCGACGUUAAGCCUGCCAUUGUACGGUCCACAAAUACUACGAUGCCACCAGGCAGCAGUCGCGUAUCCUGCACAGUGUACGGGUGCAAGAGAUACUACACUGACAUGACAUCACUUAACAGUCACAUCAACGACCACCAGAUUCCUGCAGAGUCUUUACCAGGGAAGGUAUUCCUGUGCUCUUCAUUGGGUUGUGAGGGCUCCUUCUCCAACAUGCAACAGCUGAUGGAACACAUGAGGGUCCAUUAUAAACCAAACAUCUUUUUCAUCUGUGAGAGUUGCCGGGCCAAGCUGCGAUCCUAUCGCACACUUCUGAAACACCUGCAAACCUGCGCUAAAGUGGCCAAGAGCAAGGCGGCGCGUGCAGGGGCACUCGGUGAGCAAGGCCCCGAGGCUGAGCUUGCGACCCCCAUCUCUGCACCUGACCCAUCAGAGGAGCACAAGGAGGAGGACAUGGAGACAGAAGUCAGCCUGCCGCCCACAGAGCCCCCCAUAGCUGUGGGGCUCUCCCCCGAGCCCAUGCUCUCCUCCAGUCCCCAGGAGGCGUCUGCUCAGAGUCCCAGCAGCGGACCUCAGACCCCCCCGUCACAACCGCUGGCCUCCCCCUCGCCUCAGGGAGCUUCAGCUGCCUCCAACGCUAUCUGGAGGAAAAAUCAAGACACGCCUGGGCCUCAAAUGCACAGAUGGAACUCUCCUCCAAGCAGUCACACUAUAAGUAGAGGCCAGUCCUUCAGCAGCCGCAUCUUAUGGGAGCACACCAGGGGGCGCUAUAACUGUCUCCAGUGUGGCCACAGCACCCCCAACCGCAAGGAGAUGACUGCUCACAUCGAGGGCCAACAUAAGAGCCCCUCUGGCAAACCAUCCUCUGAGACUGACGGAACAGACAGCUCCCCUACACAGCUACAGUCGCCAUCAGAUGGGGAACUCUCGGCCGACACCCACCCGUGACUCAUUCUGCAUCACUCAGUGGUGAAUAAGGUCUUUGCUAUUGCAUCUCAUGACGCCACUGAAAACGCGGUUGUAACAUUUCAUCAAAGACUAUUUUGUGUUAACACAUUUGUAAUACUUGCUGCUUCAUUUGUAUGUUUUUUUUGGUCUUGUCUUUGUGUUACCCUACAGACAAAUAAAAAUAUUUCCAUGCUGAA